UCGAAGUUAAAAUUGUUUCCAUUUCUUGUUAUUCAUAAACCAAAGAGAUCGAUCAUUUCUUCUUCGAUUGCAAAAUCUGUGCUUGUUAAAGCGCCAUGAGGAUGUCUGUGUUGCUGGUGUUUCUCUGCUACGCUAUAACUGCUGGAGCUUUCCAUAAUCGCGUGUUUCUCGGCUCUCAAUCGAUCGCUAUUAGUUCCGCUAGAUCGCCUAUAUCAGUGUUGCAUGCCAUGAGCGAUUCCAUAAUUGAUGAGGAUUCUUCGGUGAGCAAAUUUUCGGGUGCAGGUCCGGUGCAAGUAGACAUGAACAUCUACAACCUACCUUUCGAAACAGUAUUGGAAGAAUGGACUGCCAACAUGGUACCAGCAACUCCAAUGCAGGAGGAAGGCAUAUAUCUCGGAGCCAAAAACUCACGCGAACAUUUGGUGGAUGUAGUCCAAGUUGAAUUCCCGAGACUCCAGGACAUGGGUCUGGGUAUCCAACUCAUGGAGCUGGCGGGUGGCCGCGAAGACUCGCUCGGCAUUACGAUUGUUGAAGGUCUCGUAGAAGGAGGGAGUGCAGAAAAUAGUGAUAUCCUACCUGGCGAUUGUAUUACCAAGGUAGCCGUACGGAAAAGCUCGUCAACAUCAGCUCCGGUAGACAUCACUGCCGGGAUGGAUUUGACAGAGACGGUCGAAGAAAGUGCGGUUACUACUGAGUGCCUUGGAUACGAUGCGACUGUCAGCGCAAUAGUCUCCUUGCCCCCGGUAUCAUCGGAAGGUGAAACCUUCGUUCUUACUCUGAAGCGCCUGCGUCGCAAACCAAAAAUCAAUUUAACGUUACAGUAUCCACCGGAAAUGAACGAACCUGAUGUCAAGCUCGAACUCUUUGCCGGGGAGAAUUUACGGAGGAGCAUGCUUGUUAAGGGCGUCAAAUUAAACGAUGCUUUGUCGCGGCGAUUUGAUAGCGGUGGUAUCGGCGACUGCGGAGCAGAAGGGACAUGCGCCACUUGCGCUGUUAAGAUUGUACAAGGGGGAAACCUUUGCAAUCCACGAGCACAGCAAGAAGCACAAAUAUUGGUGAAGCGAGCCAACUGGCGAAUGAGCUGCAAGACAAUAGUAGGCUACGGCAUGAAAGAAGGAUCCAUGACGGUUCGUGUGAGUCCAAGACAAUGGGCUGACGGUAGUUAAUCUAUGGAUUUUAUACAUCACUGUUACGGUCUUUUCUUGGGAGCUCAAGGCUACCUUCAACUGAAGCGUUCUAUUAGUGCGCCAGACCUUAGAUUUCGAGAACUUAUGGCCAUUGUUCUUUGACAGAGCCAGUGAUGAAUCCAUGGUACCAAGCAGGCGAUAGCCACUAUGAGCUGUCAGCAAAGAAAUGUUUAUAAAGGAUUGCCGCAAAGGGACACCAAAGUGGCUGAUUUCCUGACUCG